CGUACUUUUAUCCUCCUGCUGUUUCCCAUCUCUCCUACCACAAAAUCUAAACAUGUCUACUUUCUCUGUUAACGUUGGGAACCUCUCGCCCACGACCACCGAGCAGGCGCUGCACGAUUUCUUCUCCUUCUGUGGCAAAAUCACCGCCAUCGAGAAGGAGGAGAAGACGGCCAAGAUCUCCUUCGAGAAGGUCUCCGCUGCCAAGACCGCGUUGAUGCUUAACGGCGGGACGCUGGACGGGGAGCACAUCUCUGUCCAGUCCGACCAGGUGCACGAGGAUCCUGUCGAGCACCCCACUGCGCCCGUUGAGAUACACACGCCCCAACAGGAAGACAAGCCUCGCGCGGGUAUCGCGGCCGAGUACUUGGCAAAGGGGUACAUCCUUAGCGACCAGAUCCUCCAGCGCGCGAUCGACAUUGAUGCCAAGCAAGGUAUCUCCCACCACUUCAUUGCCUAUCUCAACUCCCUCGACCACAACCUCGGCGAGCGCCUUGUCGGACACGAGAAGACCAUUUCCGGCCACGUGCAGUCCUAUGUCGAUGCGGGCGCUGCCAGGGCUCGGGAAGUGGACGAGAAGCACGCCCUGACUAGGCAGGCGACCGACUACUACACCAAGGCAAUCAGCAGCCCGUGGGGGAAGAAGGUGCACGAGUUCUACACCACCACCUCCAAGCAAGUUCUCGAUAUCCACGAAGAGGCAAAGCGGAUCUCCGAGACGCACAAGGCUUCCCAGACCCCGCCUACUGCUCCUGUCCCUGCUGCUGAGCCCAUUGGCGCCCCCGCCCCGGAGAAGAUAUGAGACGUGUAACUGAAUAUGAAUGAAGGAAGAUUUGUGUUUGGGCCCCCUGUAUGGAUAGAAAAUGAAUAAUCUGUAUGGGCA